CAAUCAAUCAGAACAAAGGAAAAAAAAUCAUGAACAUGCAGAGUUCAUCGAAGAAGAGAACAAUGAUCGACAUGCAGAGUUCAUCGAAGAAGAGAACAAAGACCGAUGGGCCCCUUCCGCCGCCGCCGCCGCCGUCCCGUCGUCUGACAGCUGAACAAGAAGCUUCAAUUAUCGUAACUACCCUCCACAACGUCAUUUCCGGCCGCCAAGAUUACCCCUUCUCAACCAUUCUCCCAGCUAUCAAAACCUGCGACGAGAAGAGGAAAAACGUUACUGGACAGAUGAUCAUCAGUAGUAGUAGUAAUAAGAAGAAAAAUUACAGAGGUGUGAGACAGAGGCCGUGGGGAAAAUGGGCCGCCGAAAUUCGAGACCCCAGAAGGGCGGUUCGAGUUUGGCUUGGGACGUUUAAUACAGGGGAGGAGGCGGCUCGUGCUUAUGAUAAGGCGGCGUUUGAGUUCCGCGGGCCCAAGGCUAAGCUUAAUUUCCCACUUCCCCCACCGCCGCCAACCAAUCACGAUUUACAAAGUGAUGAGCCAAUAUUAUUGUGGAAGAACGAAUUGGUGGUGUCAUCCACGACAUCGUCUCAUCCUCCUCCUCCGGCAAUGAAGACGGAAAAUGGAAUAUGGGAAGCGAUUCGAGAUGAAGAGAAGGAGGAGGAGGAGGUUAAAUUACAAGAAUGGAUUAUGAGUUUGAUGGAUUUAAGUUGCUAUUAGCUAAGAUUACUUCAUUAUUGAUUUCUAGCUAGCUAGCUAGUCUAUUUUUUUACACCAAGCUAGCUAGCUACGAUCAAACACAUUUGAGAAUUCAUUAAUUUCAUUUUUGGAAGGAAGAUUAUAUA